CGCUCCAGCAUCAUCUUGCUCACAAAAUCAAUCCCUUGUUUCAUCCACUAUGGAACCCACACUUACCCCCACUACUCUGCCAUCAAGUCACGAGCCUACCAUGGAUAAUAAUACAGUGGGCGAGCCUCCUCUUCGGCGUGGACUACGUGAACGUGUUCCCCCAAUUCGAUUGCAAGAUUAUUUUUGUACCAACACAGCCCAAGUAAAUCACCACGCCACCACCUCUCCUUCGGCCACCUCAGGUAUCCUUUAUCCUUUAACUUAUUAUGUAAAUAAUGACAAAUUCUCAUUGCCCCAUCGAGCAUUUCUUGCAGCUAUCUCCUCUGACACAGAACCAUCUACCUAUCGUGAGGCUAUUAAAGAUGAGAGGUGGAAAGUAGCAAUGCAAAAAGAAAUUGAUGCCUUGGAACGUACAGAAACCUGGACUUUAACAAUAUUGCCUCCCACCAAAAUUGCUAUCCGCUCUAAAUGGGUUUUUAAAAUCAAAUAUCAUAGUAACGGGACUGUGGAACGUUAUAAAGCUCGUCUUGUAAUAUGUGGAAAUCAUCAGGUGGAGGGCAUUGAUUAUCACGAGACUUUUGCUCCAGUUGCUAAAAUGGUAACUGUUCGUACUAUUUUAGCAGUUGCCGCAUCUCGUGGUUGGGAAUUACACCAGAAGGAUGUGGAUAAUGCCUUCUUACAUGGAGAUCUUACAGAUGAGGUGUACAUGCACCUCCCUCCGGGUUUUAAGGCUUCUCGUCCAGGACUGGUUUGUCGUUUAAACUGGUCCCUAUACGGUCUGCGACAGGCUCCACGAUGUUAGUUCCACAAAUUAACCAUGGCACUAAAGUCCUUCGGAUUCUCCCAAUCAUAUGCUAAUUAUUCACUUUUUACCUUACACAGUGAGAAUGACUCUCUUUGUGUUCUGGUUUACGUGGAUGAUCUAUUAAUCACCGGUUCGAACCCAACUACAAUUACAUGGCUCAAAAAGUUUCUUGGACAGUGCUUUCCCAUUAAAGAUCUUGGUCAUCUUAAAUAUUUCCUUGGGAUAGAGGUAGCACGAAAUUCAUCAGGGAUUUUUCUUUCCCAGAGAAAAUAUGUUUUGGAUCUUUUGAGUGAAACCGGUUUGACGGGUGCCAAGCCCGCCACAUUUCCAAUGGAGCAAAAUCAACGUCUAGCUUUAGACACUAGCCCUUUAUUUGAUGAGCCUGAUCGAUAUCGUCGUAUAAUCGGUAAACUCAUUUAUCUAAAUUUGACCCGUCCAGAUAUUAGCUACGCUGUUCACAUUCUGGCUCAAUUCAUGCAACAACCCCGAGUAGCUCACUGGGAAGCCACUCUUAGAGUGCUUCGUUAUCUCAAGAAUACACCGGGUCAAGGCAUAUUAUUAUCUACCAAUCAAGACCUCACACUCUCCGGAUAUUGUGAUUCCGACUGGGCUGGUUGCCCGAUCACACGACGGUCGCUUACGGGUUUUUUCAUUCGGCUGGGGCAGUCCCCCAUUGCAUGGAAAACGAAAAAACAACACGCCGUAUCUCGUUCUUCUGCUGAGGCCGAAUAUCGAUCAAUGGCAUCGGUAACUUGUGAACUCAUCUGGCUCAAAAGUCUUCUAUGUUCUCUUGGAGUUUCACAUUCUCAAUCAAUACCACUUUAUUGCUACAAUCGGGCUGCUCUUCACAUUGCUUCGAAUCCAGUUUUUCAUGAACGAACGAAACAUAUUGAAAUUGAUUGUCAUUUUAUCCGCGAUCAUGUUCAGGCAGGGCUGAUUUCUCCGCAACAUAUUCCUACUAACAAACAAGUGGCGGACAUUUUUACCAAAGCGCUUGGAUCUCAGCAAUUUACAUAUUUACUAUCCAAGUUGGGCGUUCUUAAUCCUCAUGCUCCAACUUGAGGGGGGAUGUACGAAAUUAAUGUAUCUGACAUGUACAUGUUUAGUUCUAUUAUUAUUAGGUUUAUUACUGUUCAAUUAUUAUGUACGUAGGAACACGCUUCACAUGGGAGUCACCAAGUAUUGUUUAAAUAUGGGACACCUCCCACAUAAUGAAAUCAAGGCUUAUUCUCAAAUCCUUUUCUCACUUUAGCACAGACAACACGGCGGCACCAAGACACCGCGUCACGCAGCAGACCAGCAGCGCAAGUAGCAAUCCGUCAGUUCGUGUUCUGUGGUUCGUAGCCCACUUAACUGGAUGCAGAGGGUUGGAGUCAGGGACGGAUUUAGGGGGGGCGGGGGGUGACCGCCCCCCUUGGACUUUCAAAAUUUUCUACUAUAUAUGUAGUAUUUUCAUAAAAUUU